UUUUACUGCCAAAAUCGUAACCUUCAAAUAGAGUUACGUAAAUGAACCUUGUUUCGCUUAGAAACCUUCGAUAUAAAUCGUGGAAUAAACUUCAUAUGUAAAAAUGAACCUUCAUUUUAUAUAACGAUGAUAACGCUUAGUCUAAUUACAAAUUUAGUAGCAUGGCGUUUCAGCACAAUUUGAUAUUAGUCAAUUACUUCAAUUUUAGCAUAUUGAAACAACUACCAAAACAAACAAUAUGGCAGCAGGUUCAUUAUGCAUCUACCCAACAAGCAGCACAACUCAAUUUGGAUUACUCCAAAGGUCCAAUAUCUGUCCUACAGCAAAGAAUCAAAGGUGGGGAAUUAUUACGUGAUGAACAACAAUCAAAGUUAUGUGAAGAAUUGGAAGAAGUCUAUCAGAAAAUCAAAACAUAUGAACCAGCACAAAAAGGCUUCUUUUCAAACCUGUUCAGUAAGAAGAAAGAUACCAAAUCCCCUGUAGGUCUCUACAUCUAUGGAGCAGUAGGUGGAGGAAAGACCAUGCUAAUGGAUAUCUUUUACAAUUGUGUUACCACAAACAAUAAAUCCAGAGUGCACUUUAAUGCUUUCAUGCUAGAUGUGCAUCAGAAAAUUCAUCAGACCAAAUCACAGGUCACAAAAGAUUACUCAGACAAAGGCUCAAAACCAUUUGAUCCCAUUCCUAUUGUUGCCAAGGAAAUCUGUGACAAAGGUUGGCUCAUUUGCUUUGAUGAGUUUCAAGUAACAGAUAUUGCUGAUGCAAUGAUUCUCAAACGUUUAUUCACGCAAUUAUUUGAUAAUGGUGCCGUUGUGGUAGCAACCAGUAAUCGACCACCGGACGAUCUUUAUAAAAACGGCCUACAGCGUUCCAACUUCCUGCCGUUUAUACCUGUACUUAAGAAGCACUGUAAGUCAAUCCAACUGGACUCUGGUGUUGAUUAUCGACUCAAAGGACAGGCAGGACAGACACAUUACUUUAUUCAAAACGAACAUGCUAAGGAUGAUCCUGUUGAUGAUAUAUUUAAAAUUUUAUGUUCCAAAGAGAACGAUGUCGUACGCCCGAAGACUUUUAACAUUCUAGAUCGUAAUGUUGAGUUUGCUAAGACUUGUGGGCAAGUACUAGAUACGACGUUUGAGGAAUUGUGUGACCGGCCGCUGGGCGCCAGCGAUUACUUACAUUUAACUCAAUUUUUCCACACGAUUAUCAUUCGUGAUUUACCACAAUUGUCUCUGAAGAAAAAAUCAGCAACCAGGCGUUUUAUAACACUCAUUGACGCCCUCUACGAUCAGAGAAUCAGAGUUGUUAUUAGUGCACAAGUCCCACUUCGGAGAUUAUUUGUCGCCGAACGUCCGGGGGCUGAUGAAGAGCCCAGCGACGAAACGCGUAUGUUAAUGGAUGAUUUGAAGAUAGGCAAACAUGAUGACAACCUGAAGGCCAAUGUUUUUACUGGAGACGAAGAGAUUUUCGCUUUUGAUCGCACAGUUUCGCGUUUAUCCGAAAUGCAAACGCAAGAGUACUGGGAAUCUCAGGAGCGUUAAAUUCAGUUGUAGCACCGUGGUAAAAUAUUUAUUUAUUUAAUAUUUAAGAGGAAAUUGAUGUUGUUGACUUAAUAGGAGUAAUUUAUCAUUCAGUAUUGAA